AUAUAACUGUAAAAAAUAUGAACAGUUGAGCCUAUCUAAUUGACAUUUGUAGCUUUUAAAAACGAAGUUUCAGAAUUAAUAAGAUUAUUUUUAAUCUUCGCAUUUUUAGAUUAUUUUAGUCAAUGAAAUAUUACUAUGGCUUCUUUGAACUUAGCUUCCGGAGAUAGUGAUACUAAACCCUCCCCUAGAAAAGAUGAUAUUGAGAAAUUACCAAAGGUGGAUCAACCCAGACAAAAAUCUAGCCUCGAUGACCAAAUAUUCGGAGAAGUUACAAUUACAAAUAUUGACGAAAAUGAGUUAAAGUUGAAAGAGAGAAUCACUCAAUGCCGAAAUAUUAUAGAAUCGUUGAAGGUUGAAUUGGAUCAAGAAAAGGCAAAACUAAAAAAGGAAAGUAAGUCAUACCACCAGGAACCGUCCGCUUCCGUUGCAUCCCAGCACAAUGCUCCUGAUUCGAAGAUGUUAGAAGCUUCCACCACUAACUACAGCUUUUAUGUGGAAAACAAAUUAAACUACGACGAAAAUCUCAUGGAGUAUGAGAAACAAUUACAGAAAUACCAAAACACGCUAAAUAUGGCUCAACUCGAAAAAAAGAAUGCUAUCAGAAAGCAAAUGCUUGCAAAAGCUUACAGACUUAAACUGAUGGAGGUGGAAAACCAAUGCAAUAUUGAAUUGCUCCGCGUGAAACAAAGUUUACAAUGUUUAGAACCUUUGCAAAUGAUCGCUAGCAAGUGGAAGGUCAAUACAGCAGAUGACUAUGAUUUAAAUAACUUUGAACUGAUACCUAGGUAUCCGGAAUUGAAUAUGAAUUCAGGAAACGAUUUCAAUACUUACAAAGAAGAUAUUAACUCGACGAUUGAAGAUAAUUCUGUAGUCAAUAAAGACAAUUUAAAUUGUACAAAUUCUUAAAAUGGUGUAUUUCAUAUACUUGCCAAAGUACUUAUGUAUAGAUUCGACAUGUUUUUAAAAAGAGUAUGCAAAAAUUGAUUAGCGAAAAGUAGCGCGAAAAGGUGUGUGAAAUAAAUCAACGCGCACAGGGACCUCCAAAGUAGACCACACACGUGGAGGCACGCGCUGCGAAUGCUGCCGACUUUUUGUUCUCGCCGUGUGAAGCUCACUCGGGCAUCCUCGGUGCUAGUCGGCACCCGGCCGGAGGCUCUACCCGACAUCAUACACGUCUGCUUGCGUCUGCGCCUGCUUAACGCACGUUCGCUUGGGAAAUUGGACUUUAUUUUUAAUAAGAUUCCGAUUUGUCAAAUAGAGGGCAACGCAUGAACAAAACAGGUUUGACUUCUUUACACCUUGUAUCUGUAAAGUUAGUGCUUUGUUAGGUAUUUAUUUUGGUUACCUAAUACGCUUCGUAGAUAAUACAAAUUGUCUUGUAUUAACUAGGUACGUUCAUAAUAUUUACAGAUUUAUAUUAAUAAAAUAUUUUACUUUUC